AUGGUCACUCCAUCACCAUAUGCACCCUCAUUCACUGAUCUCCCUAUGUCCAACAUCCUCGUUGGAACUCUGUAUUGCAUCCACUAUUUUAACCGUGCUAUCAUCUCCCCUUUCUUCUCCGCCCCUAGCAUGUCCCCAAUCCACGUCACCAUCAUGUCCUUCGCCAUGAUCUUCAAUUGGUUCAACUCAGCCUGUCUGGCUGGCUGGUUGCGUGGAUAUAAAGUUCCGACUAUUCCAAGCUUUCCUACAGCUAGCAGCGGAACUCCAUCCCCUCGCUCUGCGGUGGUAGAUCUUCUCUCCACUGUGGGCGCAAUCUUAUUUACCGUCGGAAUGGCCGGCAACAUCUAUUCAGAGACAGCACUAUUCCGACUUAGACGCGAAGAAGCCCAAAAACGUGCGGCCAAAAAGACAGAUGGUGAGGUUCUGGCCGGAGGCGAAGCACAAGCCAGCCGAAACAAGUUCCACAAGGUCUACGUCAUCCCACCUACCCGUGGUGUCUUCCGAUACAUUCUGUAUCCGCACUAUGUCUUCGAGUGGCUCGAGUGGAUUGGUUUUGCUCUCGCCGGUACGGCUGUUGCCCCGCUCUCCGCCCUCACUGCCCCCGUCUCAGCAUCCUCCAUUGCGAUCGCUCCCCCGCUGCGUCGUGCGCCUUGGUUAGUGCCUGCUGCGUGGGCGGCUGAUAAGCUUGCUGUGCCACUGCCGUUGCCUGCUAUCGUAUUUGUUGUCAAUGCGGUAACAAAUAUGUUGCCACAUGCGCGCUGGGGACGGAAGUGGUAUGUUGAGAAGUUUGGGGAGAAGGCUGUCGCCGGAAGGGGCGCUGUUCUUCCUGGAUGUUCGUGGAUGUAA